GUCGGAUAUGCAUAAACUUGGAUCAGGCUGAGCCUAUAUAUUAAAAACUUCUGUAUAAAGGCCCAUCUCAUAGGUGGUCUUAAACCAAAAGAAAUAGACUUACGCGCCGUCAAUCAGUUGGGGGAAAGAGUGACGCUCACGCGCUUAUUUUUGGUUUUUCUGUUUUGCCCUAAUCGACUUCUGCGUAAGAGAAAGGCGAAACGAAGAGAGAAAACCCGCCGAUAAGGUUCCGUACAAUCCGUCCGACUUCCCAUCUCCGUUCCCACCGCGACUCGUUCUCGACAUUCGUUACUCUGCCGGAUCUCCGUCGUAAUUCCGCCUCCGGUUCGAUCUGUGUUAAACUAGAGUUAAAACGAUGGAUCCGAUGGAUAUAGUUGGAAAAUCCAAGGAAGAUGCUUCGCUUCCAAAAGCUACCAUGACUAAAAUUAUAAAGGAGAUGUUACCCGCUGAUGUUCGCGUUGCUAGAGAUGCUCAAGAUCUUCUGAUCGAGUGUUGUGUAGAGUUCAUAAAUCUUAUAUCCUCAGAGUCUAAUGAAGUCUGUAACAAAGAGGAGAAACGAACAAUCGCCCCUGAGCAUGUACUCAAAGCACUACAGGUUCUUGGCUUUGGGGAAUACGUUGAAGAAGUCUACGCCGCUUAUGAGCAACAUAAAUAUGAAACAAUGCAAGAUUCACAGAGAAGUGUGAAGAUGAACAGCGGAGCAGAGAUGACGGAAGAGGAAGCAGCAGCGGAACAACAGAGAAUGUUUGCAGAAGCUCGAGCAAGAAUGAAUGGAGGUGCUUCAGUUCCUCAACCAGAGCCGCUAGAAACCCAACAACAGUCUAGUCUACAAAGCUAAUAAUCAAAGAAUACCUUAAAGGAGGUGUUUCAGUUUUUUUUUUUAACAUUAUCCUUUUGACUUUUUCUUUUUCUAGCAUUUCUCUGUAAAGUGCAAAAUUCGUCUUCUUCUUGGUGUUGAUAUGCCCUUUACAUUUUUAACUUAGAUUUGUGUUUUUUUUUUUUUUUUUUUUGCUUUCUGAAUCUAAAAUCACUUGGUGAUCAGAUGUAAUUAGCAAGCAUUUUUAUGUUUCUUCCUAUUCCAUGUGUUCAUGACUUGAUUGUGAUAACUUCUUAAUGGUAGAUUCAGUUUCAAGUUAAUUUCAAGAUUGAC